AUGCUGUCAAUAUCUUUAGCCUCGGAGCUUCCUGCCACUUCUUACUCCCAGCACAUUGAUAAAACACAGCUCAAUUUCACUUCUGCCUCUAAAGUGCCCCUGUUCUACUCUCACCAUGCUUCUAACUUGACUCACCAAGAUGAUAAACCUUGGAAAAGAAAUCCACAUUACUUCAAAAAGGUCCAUCUCUCACUGCAGGCGCUUAUCAAGAUGACACUUCAUGCACGCUUGGGCGGCCCGUUGGAGAUUAUGGGAAUGCUCACGGGAAAAUACAUUAACAACGAACUUGUCGUGAUGGACUGCUAUGCACUUCCUGUUCAUGGAACCGAGUCACGUGUAAAUCCGUUAAACCAGGCCUACGAGUUUAUGCUCAAAUAUCUUUCUUCAUUACAAAAGAAUCCCAAUCGAUCUGAGAAUAUCAUUGGAUGGUAUCAUUCACACCCAAGUUUUGGUUGUUGGCUUAGUGGAAUCGAUGUUCAAACACAGAAACUUAACCAGAACUUUCAGGAUCCAUAUAUCGCCAUAGUUGUGGAUCCUGUCAAAAGUGUGAGACAAAAAUUUAUAGAUAUUGGCUGCUUUAGGACUUAUUAUGACCAUAAUAAGCUUGAAUCAAAUCGAAAGACCACCGAUGUUGCUGCUACAUUGGGAGAUACAACUAAAUCCAUGAGUUCCACUAAGAUCAAGGACUUUGGAUAUUAUGCCGACCAGUAUUACUCUCUUGAAAUUGAUGUUUUCAAGACUCCAGAGGAUACCAAGAUUCUUCAACUACUAGAGUCAAAAUAUUGGUUUAGUGGACUAUGCAAUCUGCGGUCUGAUGAUAAAAUAAUGAAGAUGCAGCAGUGGGAAGAGCUUGGGAAGGCCAUGGAACACAAUAGUGGUACGAUAUUCAAACAUUACAAGAAGAUCGACUUACCUGCAUUGGGCUCUUGCGAAUCCCCUGUUUCCAAAAUGAAGAUGUUCAACAAACCACUUUCAGAGUUAUCUUCACCAAGUUUAACAGCAGCAGGAAGUCCUCGAUUGACAUUAACAUCUUCUGAGGAUGUACAGAAUGAAGGAACAGGAAAGUUGUUAGUUGACGAAUUCAACGGAACAUGUCUUGAUGAAUUGAAAAACUGCUUAAUAAGAGAAGUGGAAGAGCAGCUAUUUUCAUGA